AUGAUCCGUUCUGCAGGCAAAUCGCGGUGGCACGCAGUCCCGGAGCUGCCUCGCGUGACACAGCGGCGCCUCCGCCCGGAAGCCGCCCAGCGAUCGCGGCUGUGGCCACCUGGGACCACGCGUGAGGCGCGGCGUAAACAAGGGCCCUUCGAGGCGAGAAGCGAGCUGGAGGCGGGGCUGACGGGCUGGAGCUGGUAUCAGCCCGAGGCGGACCCUUGCCCGCCCAGCUCGCGUCCUAGCGCCCUGGCCGCCCCCAGCCCGCAACCCCUCCUCAGGCGGCGAGAGGCCGUCCUCGCAGAGACGGGCCGGGAGGACAUAAGCCCGGGCGGCGAGGCGCGGCCGUAA